AUGGUUCAAUUACCUUUAAAUAUUAUAGCAACCGGAAAUGAUUUUAUUGGAGAUAAUUUAAAUAAUAAUUCUUUAAAAUUUAUUUCUUCUCAAAAAUUUUUAUUGGCAGAUAUUCUUAAAGCCUCAGCUUUAUUCCUUUUGGUGCUGUGGACAAUUUUAGCAAACUUUCUAGUUUUUAUUGUGCUUUAUAAAAAUCCACGUCUUCAAACAGUUCCCAACCUUUUGGUUGGAAAUUUAGCCUUAUCUGAUUUUUGCUUGGCGCUGAUUGUACUCCCUUUAUCGAGUGUUUAUGCUUGUGCUGGCGAAUGGCUCUUCAAUGAUACUCUUUGUCAAAUUUUUGUAUCUGCUGAUAUUCUCUGCUCUACAGCUUCAAUCUGGAAUCUUUCUAUUGUAGGGCUCGAUAGAUAUUGGGCAAUAACUUCUCCAGUUGCUUACCUAAAUAAACGAAACAAAAAAACAGCCUGUAUAAUGAUUGUUACUGUGUGGUCAUUCUCUGCAUUGAUAAGUUUAGCCCCUCUACUUGGGUGGAAACAAGUUGCUGAACAUGGAAAUUUAGUGGAAUUGAAUGGAACUUGGCAAUGCACAUUCCUCGAUUUACCCUCCUACACUGUUUACUCUGCUACUGGUUCCUUUUUUAUUCCAACUCUAUUAAUGUUCUUCGUUUACUUCAAGAUUUAUCAGGCAUUUGCUAAACAUCGAGCGAGACAAAUUUACAGGCAAAAGGUAAUCCGAAGGCAUAUCGAAUCGACUAUUCUUCAUGAAAUUAGCCACAUCUUGCCAACUUCUGAUGAAUUUGCGAAAGAUGCCGAUGAAGAUGAAGACGAUGAAGAGGAGGUUGUGGAUAGACCUCCUUACUUUGAGGAUGAGGAAUGUGUUUGUAGAAAUCUUAAUGAAAAUGAUACAAGGAGAGCACACUCGACUACAGCAGUUCCAGUCCUUCCUCUUCAACACUCCAUAAUCUAUGAGGAAGAAGAGGAUGUGAGUAUUGACGAUUCGCCCGAAAAAAGUGACAAAUCUGAUAAAAGUGCUGAGUAUUCGAAUAAUGAGGAGCCUGUGAGGAAAGAAAAGGACUGCUCUAAUAUCAAAGAAAGUUCACCUUCAAACGCAAUACUUUCCCGUGUCAACGGUCAAACAAAAACUGGUUCUCCCCAAACUCCAAAAGUAACAUUUAAACAUCCAAAUGACAUACCUGAGGAGGACGAAGAAGCUCCUGUAACACCUACAACAGCUAAAAGGAAAAUGCUUUUGCAGUCAAAAAAGCAAUGGAAAUCUUUUGGAUACGGCUAG